AUGACAUUCCUUUUUGCCAACUCUACAUCUACUUUGCAUUGGAAAUUAUUUGAGCACUGCGUGAAUCUAGACACACUUUCAGCUAUUCGUGGGCAAGAGCUUGUUUCAGACUACAUGAAUGAAUCCUUGACCGCAAAAGCAAAAGGAAAAGCAAAGAAGGGAGGAGAAGCCUCUAUAGGAGCUGUUUCGGGUUGCACUAUCCUAAUAUUGUUUCUACUGUGUGAGAGGACAAACAUCAUACAACCAAUCCUUGGCAAGGAGAAAGAAACUCCUGCCAUUCUUAAAUGGAGUCUUGUGGAACUCCACACAAGAUUCAACCAAAUAAAGGACUUGAAUGACAUCGAGGGUAUUUUCAAAACUCCUAAAAAGCGAAAAACUACCAGGGAAGAGGAAGACACUGUUGAGAAGGGUAUUUUGAAAACAUAUAAAAAGAGAAAAACUACCGGAGAAGAGGGAGACCCUCUUGACAAGGAAAAAGAAAAAGAAGAUGAUGAGGGAAAACCUGAUGAUGCAAUUCAAGACCUCUUGGUGAAGUCCAUGACAGACCAAAUCAACUACCGCCAACAACAAGAUCCUAGCUUCGUUUGCCCGGAAAGAUUACAACUGUGGAAGGAUGAAAAGAAUGAAGACAGUGAGAAGAAAAUGAAGGAAUUGUGGGAUAUAUUUAUCCAAGAAGAAAAGAGAUCAAAGGAGCUGGAAGUGGAGUUGGCAACAUACAUAGAGAAAUUAGAUAAUGAAGAAUGUGUGACUGCCACCAUGACAGUGGAAUCUACAGUUCAGCUUAAUGAAAUACAAAAUCUGAAAAGGAGGAUUGCAGAAUUGGAAGGCAAGGAAACUGGUAUUGACAUGGAGAAGAUUGCCAAGAAAAAGGAGAUUCAAGAAAAGUACAAGGCAGAAAUUGAAAGCUUGUUGUCAGACCCAACAAUCUUUGAAAUGGAGAUGGAUCUGCCUACAAAACAACCAACACAACCAGUUGAAGAGAAAGAAGAAGAAAAGAAAGAAGAAGAGAAGCAACAAGAAGAGAGAGAAGAAGAGAAGAAGCAAGAUGCUCCAACACCUGAUGUUCCUUCAAGAGUACAAAGGGUGAAGAACAGAGAAAGAAAGAGGCUUCAAGCAUCUUGCUAUGUGUACGAAAAAAAUAAGAAAACAAAAAAGGAGGCAAAAAAGGAUGAUGAAGAACUACCACAAUUCAAGCUUAUCUCUUCCGAGGAGUUAACACAAGAGGCAUCUCAGCCCGAUGCCACAAAUCCAAUUCCUGACCCCCCUAAAGGAACGAGCCUUCAUGAUUCAAUACCUGUGGAUCUACAACAAUCAAGUGAUGAAGAUGAAGGACAAAAAAAGCAAACAAAGAAAAAACUAGGAUGGGGUCAGAAAAAGGUGUGGCAGAAAAUUCCAAAGCCGGACAGGGAAAGAAUUGAAAAACACUACUUAAGCACUCAACUUCGUGAUAUCUUUUGGGCAGGACUCAAUGAUGAGAAAGUGACAAACCAUGAUCUCAAAGAUAUUGUAUGGGACCUGGAACUGUCACAAAACGUUAUUGAGGCCUAUAUCCAAAUAGAGGAGGAUAAAAUAGAGCCCAUGCAGACAGAGAGUCCACAUGGACUUGGGCUUACAUGCAAAGCUUCCUAGAGCCAUCUUGGCACAGGUUCCUGUAUGAACCCUUACUUGAAAAACUCGGGAAAUGCAAUGUUCUUUUCUUCCCAAUUAUUUCACAAGAAGAGUUCCACUUCACACUUCUCACAUUUCACAAAAAUGAACGAAAGUGGAGACACUACAAUCCACUUAGAUCGUUGGGACGUAGAAAAGAAGAAAGGUGCAUUGACAUUGCUCGAAACUUUGUUAAUAUUGUUGAAGGGUGGCUAGAAUAUAUAAGACCUCAAGCACGAGUGUUCAUAGAAACAAAAAAAAAAACCAACACUUGUGAAUUAAAAGGAAGGGCCCCUAACACUUGUACAAAAAGAUUUGACUCCAAAUGAAGAACUCACUCUCAAAUGGAUUAUGCAAAAUCCAUUGCAGUUUCCAUUUGAGGAUGACAUGGAAUGUGCUCAACAAAGUGCAUCUUCAUUGGAUUGCGGCAUGUUCGUCAUGUUCUAUAUGGAUAAAAUAGCACAAGGACAGCCCAUUCCAAAAAGCGUGGACAAGAAAUUCAUGAAUGAAUAUCGAGCACAAUAUGUCACAAAACUCCUACACCACAAAAACUGUGUAAUUAAUCGUCUCUAGUGAUUUGCCUUUCGUUAACUCAAGACAAUAUGUAUCUUAAUUCUUGUGGAUGUUUGUAAAUAUUUCUAGUUAUGGUAUAUGAGAACAUAUUUCCUAUA